UCACGUGUUAUGCAGCUUAUAAAAACAGCGUGUUGCAGAUAAUUCGAGGCUGACACUGUGAUUGAAGGGAGAUUAGGUUGUAGUUUUUAUGGCUAAAUAAAUUGCUGUUUGUUUUGUUAUGUUUUUAUAAAUAAUUCAAAAAAUGCAAACAAUUGCCUUUUUGCAUCUCUGCCUACUUUACAAAACAUUGGCGCCCAACGUGGGGCUAGAGAGGCAAAUUAGGUCGAAUCAACGAUAGAUACAGAGAUGUACAGUGGAGACGAGCAGCAAUCCGAACCGAACGAAGAUGAAAGCCUACAACGCCUAAAAAAGAUACGAGGUGGAAAUCGAGCAAAAACAACAAAGUUAAUCAACGAAGCCGAAGAAAUUAUUCAACGUUACCCAAGAACAGAGGAAAUCGACCCCGAAAUUAGGAAUAAACUUGAAAUAAAGGUACAAUCGAUCAAGGAAAAGAGAGACUACCUAACGCAACUAGACAACGAAAUAAUUCAAAAAUGCAGUUUGGACGAAAUAGAUCGUGAGGUAGACCAAUCAACGGAUAUUUGUACACGAAUCGACGAAAGUAUUGCAAAAGUAAGGAACUACCUCAAUACGCAUGGAAAUUCAGUGGAGAGAAGAACAACAUCGCAAUCUCCAGAUAUCGCAGUACGCCCUCCGCCAACAAUUUCUACGCCACCUCGACAACCGACUCAACAAGUUAGCGAAUCUCCCGUUUCGCAACGUUCAACAAGCAAUGGUAGAAGCCAAGGUGUUAGGUUACCAAAAAUCACCUUACCGCGAUUCAACGGAGACAUCACAAAAUUCCAACAAUUUUGGCAGAGUUUUUGUUGUGCAGUCGACGAAAGUGAAGAACUUUCGGAAGUACACAAAUUGAAUUAUUUAGUCAACUCGCUGGAAGGUCAGGCUUAUAAGGCACUGGAAGGGUUACAAAUCUGUGAAGAGAACUAUGAAAAGGCCAAAGUUCUUCUGAAAGAAAGAUUUGGAAAGAAACAAGGUAUAAUCAGUGCUCACAUGCAAGCAUUGUUAAAGUUGCAAUCAUGCGAAAAUGAAAAGAUCACAGACCUCCGCGUAAUAUAUGACACGAUAAUGGUUCACAUACGUGGUUUAGAAAGUCUUGGUAUGUCAUCAGACAAGUAUGGAAGCCUUUUGAUUCCUGUUAUUAUAUCUAGAAUGCCAGAAGAUAUUGCCCUUCAAGUAACGCGACAAACCUCAAAGGAUGUAUGGAGUGUCGAUGAAAUCAUGACCACCAUCCAACAAGAGAUCGAAGCAAGAGAGGUUAGCAAAAAAAUGAUUGGGACAGAGAAAAGAAGAAAUGCUUCGAAACAACAGCUUUAUGUACCACCAAUAAGCACUACCAAAUCCUUUGUGGCCAGGUUAGAGAGUCCCUCGAAGAAUAAGAAGUCAAUUCGAUGUUACUUCUGUGGUAAAGGCCAUUUUUCAAACGAGUGCAAGGAGGUGACAGACCUCAGACAACGCAAGGCGAUUUUGCAAGCGGCGAAACGAUGCUUCAAGUGUUUGCGAGUUGGACAUGUAUCAAAGGACUGCAGUUUCAACCGAAAAUGCUUUAAUUGCAACGGCAAUCAUAACUCAGCCCUUUGCAACAAGGAUGAACAAGAGCUCAGACAAGAAUCAUCUGUGGCGAUGUCAAAUGUCAAAGAAAAGACGAAUGUUAUGCUCCAGACUGCUACCGCAAUUGCCUAUGGUGAAGAUAGAAGCAAGAAGGUAACUGUUAGUAUAUUAUUCGAUAAUGGUAGUCAGAAAUCGUUCAUUUCUGAAGAGCUUAAACGUAAAUUAGAGUUGAAAUCUGAGAAUACGGAAGUUCUUAACCUUAAUACAUUUGGUUCUGAGAGAUACAUUAAGAAAUCCAGCGAUAGGGUUAAGGUUAAUAUAGUAGUACAAGAUGAGGUUGUAACUGUUUCAGCAUUAACAUCUCCUGCAGUCUGUUCCCCCUUAAACACUAGAGUAGAUGUAAGUCAUUACCCUCAUUUGAAUGGUUUAGCUCUAGCUGACAGCGUGGAUGUGAGCAACAAGCGUAUAGAUAUUCUCAUAGGCGCAGAUCACUAUUACGACAUUGUAAUAGGCGAGGUUAUUAAGGGUAGCGCAGGACCAGUGGCGAUUAGUAGCAAGCUUGGUUGGCUGCUUUCAGGCCCUGUAUCCUUUUCAAAUGAUAAAGCAUUUAAAGUAUGCAGUACUAAUAACGUUAUCAAAUCUAAUUUGGUUUUAGAUGUUAUACCUAGCAGGGAAGAAAUAGUAGAUGAAUCUCGUGAAAUAGUAGAGUCGCUAGAUCGUUUUUGGAAACAUGAGUCUAUGGGAAUUGCUAAUGAUGAACAACCGGGAAAGUGUGCACCGACAGAAAUUAUGUUUAAGGAAAAUCAGCGUUAUGAAGUAGGCCUUCCUUGGAAGGAUAAUAUUGAUAACGAAUUAGAAACGAAUUACGAUCUGAGUAAAAGGCGACUUUUGUCACUUUAUAACAAAUUGAAGGCCGAUCCUAAGUUACUUAAACAGUACAAUGAGGUAUUUGAACAACAAUUGUCCGAUGGUAUUAUUGAGAAAGUAAACGAGUGUGCCUAUGAAGACAGUAACGCCCAUUUUUUAUGUCACUUCGGGGUGGUUAGAAAUGAAAGGCAGACUACUAAAUUGCGCAUAGUGUUCGAUGGUUCCGCAAGGUCUAGCACUUCAUUAUCGCUUAAUGAUCGAUUAGAUUCGGGUGUCAACCACAUGCCGCUUUUAUUUAAUACAAUUAUCCGUUUUAUGAUGCACCCUGUGGUGCUCACGGCAGAUAUUGAGAAAGCUUUUCUCCAAGUGCAAAUUAAAGAGUCCGAUCGCAACGUUUUGAGGUUCCUAUGGUUCGAUGACAUAGAGAGUGAAAACCCCUCCAUAGUUCAAUACCGGUAUUGUAGGUUGGUUUUUGGUUUGACAUGCAGCCCUUCAAUUUUAGGCGAGACCAUAAAACUACACGUGUCACAAUUUGAGUCUCAGUAUCCUCAAACUGUUAAACAUUUAAGAAAUCUCUAUUGUGACGAUUUUCUAUGUGGUGCCAGUUCUACGGAGGAAGCAUUGAUGAUAUACAAACAAGCUAAGGAAAUCAUGGCUUCAGGGGGUUUUAAUCUGCGAAAGUGGAACAGCAAUGAUAAUAAUGUUUCACAGGAAAUAAGCAAACUCGAAAAUAGUAAGGUUUUAUGUGGUAAUGAUAAAGUAGUUGAAGAUGACCAAACAUAUUCCAAAUACGUUAAUGGGGCGGUAAAAACGGACGAUCAACUUAAGGUUUUAGGUAUAGGGUGGGAUAACAGCGCAGAUACACUACAGGUUGAAUUGUCAGGGGUUGUAGAAUUUGCAAAAACCCUCCCUAUAACCAAGCGUUCUGUCCUGAAGAUUGCAGCCAAAAUCUUUGACCCCAUGGGGUAUUUAGCAGUUUUGACAAUAAAUUAUAAGGCUUUUUUUCAGCAACUUUGCUUAAAGAAAUUAGCUUGGGACGAUGAACUGGACGAAGAAAACAGGAAAAAAUAUGUUUCCUUAAUCGAGGCGAUUGAGAAUUUCCCUUCCAUCGAAGUUCCACGUUAUCCUUUUCUAACAGGGGAGAAGAUCCUGCGCAUGGAGUUGCAUGGUUUUUCUGAUGCGAGUGAAUUUGCUUUCGCUACUUCAAUAUAUUUGCGUGUAGAAUACGAAUCAGGCAAAAUAAGUACCAGGUUAUUAUCGUCUAGGUCGAAGGUAGCGCCCAUUAAACAGCAGAGUAUUCCUCGGUUAGAGCUUCUAGGGGCAGUAUUAAUGGUCAAGCUAGUCGAAACUAUUUACGGGGUUAUGCAAGAAGAAUUUAAGAGGCAAAUUAUUGAAAAAUACUAUUGGGUGGAUUCAAUGGCUGUUUUGUGCUGGGUAAAGAAUUGUAAACCAUGGGUCCAGUACGUGCGUAGUAGAGUUAAUGAAAUUUUACAACACUCAAAUAGAGAACAAUGGUUUUAUUGCCCAGGUCCCCUCAACCCCGCUGAUUUGCCUUCUCGUGGUAAGUAUCGUGAUAUUGAGUCAAACUCUUUGUGGUGGGAAGGUCCUGAAUUCCUUACCUCACAACCCCAUGAAUGGCCUAAAUCUCCAUGUGCGAAUGACCUUGAAACAGAAAUGGCAAUGAAGGAAAGGGUAAAAUCUGAUCCACAAAUAACGCACAGUAUGGUAAUCACAAGUAAUAAGCCGACAACGAGUGUUGAUAAAAUUGUAGAAAUGGAACGGUUUAGUCAAAAGGAUAAGUUAUUAAGAUGUGUUGGUUGGGUGUUAAGAUUUGUUUCCAAUUGCAAGGCGUCCGUUAAAAAAUCGAAUUUGAAUUUUGAACAAAAUUUGACAGUCUCUGAAGUAGUAAGAGCCGAGACAAUGUUGAUUCAAUCCAUCCAAAAAGAAGCCUUUGCUAAUGAUCUUCAUUAUUUAUCUCAAACGGAAUCGAUUAGAAAGACGAUGAAAACUCCUCUUUAUGUUAAACAGUUCAAUUUACAUCUGGAUGAACAUAAUAUAGUUCGUUGUAGGUCACGCAUCGGGCAUUCCAUAGUUCCGGACACGGGUAAACGGCCGAUACUUUUGCCGGCCAAACAUAGGUACACCGAAUUGAUAAUUUCAGAUUCACACGAAAAGGUAUUUCAUAAUGGCACUGUUGAUACCUUGAGUUUGAUAAGGCAACGGUAUUGGAUACUCCGGGGGAGAGAGCAAGUUAAGCGAAGUCUUCGUCAUUGUAUUGUUUGUAAGAAAAUUGAGGGGUUACCGUUCAAGACAGUUUAUAACCCAGAUCUACCAAGGAUGCGUGUAGACGAAGCACCCCCAUUUUCUCACGUAGGUAUAGAUUUCGCGGGCCCCCUGUUUGUGAUAGGUAAAGAAAAAGGUGAAGUCGUAAAAACCUAUUUAUGUUUAUUUACGUGCGGCUCUACCCGAGCUGUUCACCUAGAAAUGGUCGAGUCUUUAUCGGUAGAAAAUUUCAUACGGGCAUUUCGACGUUUUUGUGCGCGUCGAGGAUUACCGGCCACAAUAAUAACGGACAAUGCUAAAACAUUUAGGUCGGUUUCUAUGGAAAUUAAGAAAUUGUUACGCUCUCCAAGACUUUCCGAACAUUUCAAUCUAAAGGGCAUUAAAUGGAGAUUUAUCCCUGAACUUUCACCAUUUCAGGGCGGGUUUUGGGAGAGAAUGAUUCGGUCUGUCAAGCGCUGUUUGAUCAAAAUUGUUGGGCGAGCAUUGGUCUCAUACGACGAGUUAACAACCUUGAUUAUCGAAAUUGAAAAUGUAAUAAAUUCUCGUCCUAUUACAUACGUUGUAGAUGAUAGCGACGGAAUAUCAUACCCUCUUACACCGUCUCAGUUAGUAAAUGGCAGAAACUUGAACAGCUCUCCGAAUGAUGCACAUUUUGAGAUCAUAAAUACGUACCAAGGUUUAUCAAGACGGGCUAAAUAUCACAGACAAUUAUUAUCGCAAUUUUGCAAUCGAUGGAAAAAUGAAUAUUUGCUUAGUUUGAUGGAAAAAUAUAGGCCCUCAGAUGAUUCUAUGUUUAAUCCAGAUAUCAAGGUCAAUGACAUAUGUAUAUUACGCAAUUCUCAAGUCAAGAGAGCCUUUUGGAAACUUUGUAAGGUUGAACAGUUAGUUACAGGUAGAGAUGGCUCAGUCAGAUCAGCACAAGUUUCAGUUUUAUCGCAUGGCAGUAAGAAGUUGUUUUUAAGAUCUUUGAAGCAGUUAGUUCCUCUAGAAAUAAGAGCUACGUCCACGCCUGAUAAGCAUUCAUCAAUUGAAGCUAGUCCCACUGUGACGCAAGCGCCAAGCACUAACGCGCAAGCGCAGAAUAUCACAACGCAUGCUCACAAUCAACAGUCCGGUAGAGCUAGACGGAACGCAGCGGUUAUUGGUGAAUUAAUACGUAAAUACAGAUCCUGACUUGUUCAGAAAUUGUUAUAUGGACACUUGUAGUCGUAAUGGUAUAACAAUUGUAUUUGAAUUUAAAUGUAUUAUCAAAUUAGUUUAAUUCCUUCAGAAUCAAACCGGGGGAGUGUGUUGGAAUGUACCCCCGGAUCUGCAGUCACGUGUUAUGCAGCUUAUAAAAACAGCGUGUUGCAGAUAAUUCGAGGCUGACACUGUGAUUGAAGGGAGAUUAGGUUGUAGUUUUUAUGGCUAAAUAAAUUGCUGUUUGUUUUGUUAUGUUUUUAUAA